CAAAAACAGCAUCUAAUUUAUUCAGUUUUUAAACGUACACAUACGGUUACAGUAUUGUAAUUUUAAUUUGUGACUUGAAUAGAAAAUUAUCUGGUAUGUUUCAUUGUUGAAUACAAAUUAAAUUCGUUAUUAACAGCUGUGUUGUCAAAUUUGGAAAUGUAAGCGGAAAAAAAUGUUGAAAUAACUUAACAUAAUUUGUGGUUUAUGAUUAAGUUUAAGUUGGUACUUCAAAUCAAAUACAUCUUUGACAUCUGUAAGAUUUAUUUCACAUAAAUCAAAAUGAUUUCGAUUUUAAUUAUGUUAUUACUUAUAAAUAACAUCAUUCAAGAUAUAAACGGUUUAUUUCGAGGAAAUAUAAUGAAACAAAUAAAAGGCAAAGCUAUGGAUUAUUAUAAAUCGAAGUUUGGUACGAAAGGUUUAAAUUUUAUGGGUUACGAACUUUCCGAAUAUCCGGGUGCGAAUGAUAUCUAUCGAAAAGAAAACAUAGCAAAAUGGGAAGAGUAUUACCAAUGUUUAAACAUGCAAAAUGAAGCGUUAGGUUCUCUUAGAAACUUCGUCCCCGAAGCUAUUUUGGCUUACGAAAGCGGUUACGUUAAAUUCGAUUGUAAAAUUUGUUUAAGUCCUGAAUCUCAACACAACCUCGAAUCUGUCGAAUGGGACUUUGGAAAAGAGGACGAUAACUUUUUAAUUGAAAUCGAAUUAACGGAACAUGUUAUAAUCGCACCAGAAGAUAAAUCGUUAAGUAUUUAUAAUCUUCAACUCGAACACACCGGUCAAUACGUUUGCCGACUUGGACAAACUAUAACAGCUCCAAUUUAUUUAACAGUUAUUAAAGGAGAUAAUUUAACCGAAGUUCAUGGUAAAAAUGCUGAAAAAGGACCAUUUCCACAACGUCCAAAAACGAUUACCGGAAGCGAUGCUUUAUAUUUAGACACUGUAUGGAGUCCAUGGUCGCAAUGUAAUCGAUGUCAUAAAGUUGGAAAACGUCACAGACAUGGUUAUUGCAUUAUUAAGUAUGGAGAGGAAGAUGUGGAGAGAAUGCGAAGGGAUGAGGAAAAUAUUACACAAACAGCUACGACGAUUCCAUUUAAUAAUAAUUCCGGGUAUUUCAGUGAAGGACCAAUUAGUAAAGAAAAUACAUCCGCUUGUGUAAAUUGUAAAGAAAUUGAAUUGGAUUUGUUAAAAAUUUUUGAAGGUGGAAUGCCGUGUGAAUCUCACAUUUUACCAAGUUCGUUUAAAAAUCUUCCUGACGUGAAAGAACGUACAGGUGAAAUAAUGGUUGGAUAUUGUAAGGUACCAUGUCCUAAAUCCCAAAUAUUUGAAGUAAAAGAUAAAAGUGGAAAGAUUAUAGAAUCAGCAAAUAAUUCGGCUGGAAUUUAUUCCAUGUUACAACCGAUUCCACCACCUGUGCCUCCUUUAGUGCAGCAGGUUCAAUAUGCUGCUAAAGGAAAUGAUAUAACAAUAGGUUGCCCUGGGAAUUUAAAUAGUGAUGCACCAAUAAUUUGGCAAAUAGCUGGUAAAAAUGUAGUCCCCGAAUUAUUAAAACAAGAUUCCCUUGGUCGAAUUUUUAUAACACUUUCCGAUAAAAUCCAUAUACGGCAAGCGAAAAUAUCCGAUACAAAUACAUAUAGUUGUUGGCAAAAUGAUGAAGUAGCCGGCGUUAUACGAUUGGUAGUUGAAAAAAAAAUUGAAAUGAAUUUUAAUCAUCACAUAAUGUUGUUUGGUAUAAUUAUUAUUUUAUCUACGUUUCUUUUGGUGUUUAUGAAAGCGUUUUUUGGACGAAAAUACGCAAAAACAUAAAAAUUAUAAAAAAAGAAAU